AGAGCAGCAGGUUGAAACAGGCUAGCAGCAGUGAGAAUAUCAGACCAAAACAGGCUUGUUGGGUGUGCAGGAUAGUAAGGCUCUUGGAGAGAAAAGAAGCAGAAAACAGUUGAGAAGAGGCUGGGGUGGGGGGGAGGUAUAGAGAAUCACAUACUCCUGUUCAAAAAGUUUUCAGUGCAGCUCCACAAGACAGACAGACACAUGGGUCACAGAGAGAGGCAGAAGGGAACAAAAAAUAUAGUUUUAUGACAAGUGGAGCUGUUAGAAAGAGACGCCAAGCUGGGAAGAAGAGGUUGUCUCUGAACUUAGGAGUGUGUCUUGGCACAGAAGACUGAUAGUAAACAAGUAAACAGAAUUGACAACUGUGGCAACAACAGGAGCAAAGCCGGUGCGGUGAGAAGGAUGAGGACUCUUCCAGAGACCUGUGACGAGGAGCUGAGAACAGGUGAAAAGAGAGAACGAUGCCUUCAGGGGAAACGCCUACUUCUGUGUACACUUCUCAGUACUCUCCUUGGCUUUACACUGCUUAUCACCUACAUUGUGAUGACUUGUAGUCUAGGAUCCUGUGAUGCUGGACUGGGUUUUACACUGUUGGCCAGACUCCUGAAUUCUAGGAAUGACACUGUAGACCCCUGUGAGGAUUUCUACAAAUAUGUCUGUGGAAGCUGGGAAGGCAAACACUCAAGCCGAACCACAGAGGAAUCACUAAAUGUAUUUGAUGUGUUGUUGGAAGAAAACCAGUUGAUCCUGAAAAGGCUUUUAGAGAGCCCACAGUUCGGAAGAAGAGGCUCAGCUAAGGAGAAAGCAAUCCGGUUCUAUCGCUCCUGCAUGAAUACCCAACAGAUAGAAUCCCAAGGAACUCAACCAUUGAAGGACAUCUUAAAUCAGGUUGGUGGAUGGAAUAUCACAGGUGUAGGGAAAGCAAAAGAUUUUAAUGAAACUCUUCGGACUCUCAUGGGCAGAUACAGCACCUUUCCCUUUUUCAGAGUGCUUGUAGGACCUAGUCCUUUUGACCCCAAGGCUAAUAUUAUUCAGAUUGACCAUCCUGAGUUUGAGGUGCCGCUUGAGAGUAAAUUCAAAGCGAAAAAUUAUCUUGAGAUUCUCCGCGUGUAUCUCUCAUAUUUGAAGAAACUGGGGGACCUACUUGGAGGACCAGUGGAUGGUUCCCCUGAUUUAUUUUCCCCUACCUUGUCCUUCAUCUCUAAGCUCCAGCAAGUUGUCACCCCACUGCAGGAAAGACAGCGGAGGGGGAUGCUGUUCUUUCGCACUACCAUUAGGGAGCUACAGGAAAAGGCACCUGCUAUUGACUGGCUGUCAUGUCUCCAGGCUGUCUUCCAUCCUAUGCCAAUGAACCUCUCUCAGCCAAUUGCAGUGCAUGACAUGGAUUAUUUAAAAGGCAUGUCACAGCUCAUCGAAGAAUGGCAAACAGAAAGGGUCCUUCCUAUUUAUAUGAUUCUUUGUCUGGUUGGGAAUCUCUCCCCAGCCCUUGACAGUCGAUUCCAAGAUGCACGCCUGGAGCUAUCUGGGAUUCUUUAUGGAAAAAAGGGAUCUAGCAUGAUCCCAGCUGAGCGCUGGAGGAAGUGCUUGACUGAUACCAGCUCUUUCUUUGAGCCAGUUCUAGGGCAGAUGUUUGUGCAAGAAAUUUUCCCUCAGCAGACCAAGAAACUUGCUGAGCAGAUGUUCUCUGAGAUCCAAGAUGCCCUCUAUGGCCAACUGGAUCAGUUGGAGUGGAUGGACGAACAGACUCGCCAAGAGGCUAAAGUCUUGGUUUCCAGACUACAAGUGGAGAUUGGCUAUCCAGCUCACAUACUCCAGACUGCCGAAGUGAACCUGGACUACCAGAAAUUGGAGAUAAAUGAAGACACUUUUUUCCUCAAUGUGAUGGCUUGCUUGAAAGUACUGAGGGAAAAUUCCUACCUGAAAGUCCUUCAGCAUCACUCACAGGAUAACUGGCAGGUGUCCCCCUGGGCAGUGCAUUCAUACUACUCAAUAAGGCACCACAUGGUGGUCUUCCCUGCUGGAAUGUUCCGCAGUCCUUUUUUCCACAUGGAGUUUCCCAGUGCUGUGAACUUUGGAGCCAUCGGGGUCUUCAUGGCGCAUGAACUUCUUCACACGUUCUAUGGUUAUGUGCUUCCUGGGGGCUGUCACACGUGCAACAGGAGUGCAUUACAGAAAUCCAUAGACUGCUUAGUUGAACACUAUGAAAGCUAUCACUUUAAGGUCAAUGGUACUUUUACACUGUUGGAGAAUACAGCCGACACUGGAGGGCUCACCAUCGCUUACCAGGCAUAUAAGAAUUGGCUGAAAAAGCACAAAGAGAAGAAUUUACCUAAGAUUGGACUUUCACACGACCAGCUUUUCUACCUCAGUUUUGCUAAUACAAUGUGUGGACAUCAGGAUCCGGAGAAACUAGAGUCUUCCCUGAACACAGAUCCACACAGUCCUUUGCCACUUCGUGUCUGUGGGCCUGUCAGCAAUAGCCAGGACUUUGCCAAGCACUUCCGCUGUUCCAGUGGAUCCCCAAUGAACCCAGAGAAAAAGUGCCACGUCUGGUAAUCUGCAUGGAAAAGGAGGAAGAAUGACCCCAGGGAGAGGAAGGUCUGAGCCAUGGAAGUAUUACCAUCUUCUCAGGGCCCCCAGGGUGACAUGGUGCUCUUAUUCACUCCUCUACCUUCCUUUUAUUGUUAUCCUUUCCUCAGCAGUUGAUGGUACCAAAAUUCUUAAUCUGAGAUCAUAAGGGAAGAGGGUCUCCUCCUCCUUUUUUCACCAUUCUGUCCCAGGUGUGACAACUCUGGAGUUUAGCAAGUCCCAGGGUAACAAGAUGACUAUUCAGUCUCUAGCAGGCAACAGCUUCUGAGGAAUUGUAAACAGUGCCGUGCUGUCUGCUCCAGCAGGCUCACACAGUCAGGUUGAAUGGGCAGGCAAUAAAUUGGAGCUCUAAGAUUUGUUCAUCUAACAUUGGGUCUUAAGGAAAUCCUAGAAGUUACUAUGCAAACCACAGAUGUAGUUAACAGAGAGGAAAGAAUCUUCUUCUCGUCUUCUGCCAAUAAAUGAAGAUAAGCAGUAGGAAAGACUUGGUGGCUCCAGCUUCUAGGCUGAAAAUGACUUGAUAAUAAAGGUUACCGAAGGCCUUCCCUGUUCUCUUGUUUCAUCAGCAAAACUCCUAAGAGAUGAAAGAGGAAAGAAGAAAGGAUCCCCUCUGGUGGGAGGGGGAUUGGGAACUGAGAACAUUGUCUUUCGUCUUUCUUUCUUUCUUUUCCGUAUUUUUUAAGUCUAUAUUUAGGGUUGAGGAUAUGGUUGAGGGUGGAGUAUGGGAAGUCACAAGUGUUUCUAGAAAUCUGAAGACUGAACAAUUAGAAUUCCAAUAACUUCUCUGGAUUCUGAACCUGGUUCUCUCGUCUCCCUACGUUUGUAAAUAUUUACCAUUCAAACAGAGGAAUAGAGCUGCUGUAGGCUUUUUUUUUUUUUAACCUGAAAAUGAAUUUUGUAUAUUAAUUUACUUUAGAGGAAAAUGAAAAUAAGAAGUAAUAUAUGUUAGGAUGGCAGGGGAAGUGCUUAAAGCAUUCAUUUCAGGUUCUGAUAAUUAGAAAGUUUAUACCAGUAUUCUAAAAUCUAGCACAGUUAAUAAGUAUACAAAAUACUUCUACCUUUUGCAUACUCUUCAAACUGUUCUUGAUUAUGGGAGCAUUUUUAUUUUACUUAUUAUAUUGGCUGCCUGGGGAUUGUUUGUGGAGUAGGUGAUGGCAAGUGGAAACAUCCCUUAUCAACAUAAGCAUUGUGAAAAUCCCAAGAAUUGUGUUAGUCCUUUCCAAGUACUGACCAAUGCAGCAAAAUAUUUUCCAAGAACAGACUGUCCAGAGAUUUUGUUUUCAUUAAUUAACUAAAAUAUUAAUAAAGUGUUUCUUCAGAGAAAAUAAUUACUUUGAUUGCAAACUUUUUAUGACCAGGCCUGUUUCUUUGUUCUGUAUUUGUACUGUUUCCAGCAUGACUGGAGUUCUUAGCUUCGCAAGUAAUAAAUAAUAAUACCUUGAA